AUGUCGGCAAGGACGACGCCGAGGCGUCCGAGCGCGUCGCCCAUGUCGCCGAACUCCCAGAGCUCGGGAAGCGGAUGGAGUCCCGUCCCGUCUCGCCGGGGAACACGAUCACGGACAUCCCAGACCCUCGGAGGCUCAGCACCCUCCUACGUCCGUCGCCCGAGCACUUUGAGUGCCGUCCACCCGCCCUCCUCCGUAUCAACGGCGUCCAGCGCCCGGAGGAAGUACGAACCGGCAAACGACCGAGACUGGGCGGGAAUGGAGCCCGACGAGGUCUUCCGGCGGCUACCGGUCAACGAGGUCAAGCGGGUCGAGGCCAAGAUGCGGACUGAUGCGCUCAACAAGCAGUCCGAGCUGCGAAGCAUGGUUGGAACUCGAUACCGUGAUCUCUUGACGAGCGCCUCGCAAAUCACGGCGUUGCAUGAGUCGUCACUCCGUUUGAGCUCGAGUCUGCGGACAGUUGCUGGCGCUUGUGCGAACCCGACCGAACUGGCGAGCGGGGAAAUGGUUCCCGAGCAGUCUUCAGAAGGAGAGGACGUUGCGACGUUGUUGCCGGUCGCAGCGCACAUGAAGCUCUUGAUCGAUACGCCAGAGGCCCUCUACUCCUACCUCUCCCACCACGACUACCUCUCGGCUGCUUUCCUCUGGCUCGUAGCUCGCGUCGCCAAGGACAGCUUGUCGGACAUGCCAGAAAGUGCCAACAGGGCAUACCUGCCGCUAAUGGAGAAGCAGUGGGCGACGCUGCUCCCCUUCCGGCAACAGAUCGUGCAGCGAGCGACAGCAGCACUGCGAUCACGGCACAAGCUCGAUGCGAAGGCUGGAUCGGACACAUUGCUCGCAAUCAUCUUACUGGACGAGACGCCGGUAUCGGAGGCGCUCGACCUGCUGCUGUCUCAGCGAUUGCGAGCCGUGCGUGAGAUCUUACACGCCCCAACGACGUCGAAGCGGCAACGGCGGAUGUCGCGGGUGGACUCGAAGCACCAGGGCGAGGACACGACCAAGGCGAUCUCGGAGGCGGUGCACGUGCUCCUGGACGCCGUGACGCUGGCCAAGUCGAUCUUCGAGAAACGCUUCAGCGCGGGCGAGAGCAUCCUCGUCGAAUCCAUCCGUCUGAUCCAGGUCGGCGAGGAGGUACCCGUCGUGCAGACGCAGCCAGUAGCCGCGCUGGGUCACCACCGGCGAGCCUCUCGCCUUGCAUCAAUUUCCCUCCCCCUCCCGCCAAGGGUAGCGCUCGGCAACGGCGCGACGCCGCCCGUCUCGGCCGUGCGCGUCAUCCAGUCCCUCCCCUCCUCCCAGAUUCUCCUCCGCUACCUCCCCAGCUCCGUCACGGGCUUCACGCCGUUCAUCCCGCCAGCCGCCGCGCCGCAGCUGAAGGAGAAGCUCGGGCCGUGGCAAUCCUCGGCCGUCGACGUGCUCCGAGAAACGGUGCCGGCUUGGGUGCAGCAGCUCUCGGCCGUGUCGGACGUGUGGUCCGUGCGCCGGUCUCUCCGCGAGAUUCUCAGCGACGACGAGGUGUUCGAGGCGCAGAUCGCGUCCGCCCUCGAGUCCGAGUGGGGUUCGCGCGUGCAGGAGAUCUGGACGACCAAGCUCGACACGAUCGUGACGUCGCUCUCGUCCAAGCUCACCGCGGCGGCGGCACAGGUCCGCAGCGGACAGGACUCGGGGCUCGACAACCACUGUGAGGCGUUCAUGUUCUCGGACAUUCACUUCCCGGCCGUCUCGGCGGGCACGGGCGGAACAGGGACGGAGCACUUCCUGUCGUCGCUGAAGAAGCGGGCGCUAUUCCGCACCCCGCUGCUGGAUGGGAUCAUGGGUUUGCUCGAGGACGCGGCUCAGGACAUCAAGCUCGACCUCGCCGGUCUGCCCGCCAGCCUCUACGGAGAUUACAGGGAGAAGCUGAAGAGCGCCCUCCACGCCCUCGUCAAGGUACUCGACGACGUACUCGCCGAUGCGGGCGGCCACCGCGACGCGACGGGCAGCGUCGAGGCUGAGCUCUUCGUGGGCCGCAUCGCGCUGUAUCUCGUGCAUGCGUCGCCGUUCCUCCCCGAUCUCGUGGGCGGCACGGAAGUCGACCUCAACCGCGCUGAUGGAGACCCACGCCUCCUCCCUCGUGCAGUGGCAGGGGAAGAGUGUCUCGCGCGCGCUGGCGCAGCUGAAGCCGCUCCUGAAGCUGCGGCCGGUGUCGUCCGAACUGCCCUCUCGCGUCUCGGACCCGGCCACGAAAGCCCUGAUGCAGCUCAGCAGCGACGUGAAGCGGCUCGGCAUCCCGCCGGGCCCGCCGACGACAGGGCAGCAGGACAGGCAGCGUUCGACCUCGCGUUCCUGUUGCGUCUCAGCGGUGUGUCUGCCUCGGAGCUGACUACGGACGCGACAGUCAGCUCGCUCCUGGAUCGUGCGCCCUCGGAGUUACGGGAAAAGCUCGAGAGCUCAGCCGAGGAACACCUCCGCCGGACGCAACUCACCCUCGCGCCGCUCACGCGACACCUCCCCGCCAUAGCUGCGCAGACGCGGGAACGCAACGCCGCGCUGCUCCGACUCGGCGCGCCACAACUGGGCCGCGCGAGUGGCACCGAGUUCAAGUCGCCCAUCGCCGUUGCGAAGCCGGGCAAGCGCUUCGGACUGCUGUCCAUUGUGGCGUGA